UAAUAUAAGAGGCGCAUCUUCGAGUUUGCACAUUUUAGUUUUAAAAGCCGGCCGUUGGAGAGCGGGUCAUGUUAGCGAAUUUUAGCGGAGUACAUGCUUGAUUGGCGGUGUAUAGGCUUAGCUUUGUGUUGUCGGGACUGAGGUAGUGACGAGGACCUGCGUCUCAAGGUCAUCGCCAGGCCUGCAGGGCCACAUCCCGUGCCAUGGGGCCGGGAACACUUUUCUAUUUUUUGGCCGCGCUAGCCAUAGUAAGUGCUAGCAAGGAUACUCCAAAGAACCCACCAAAAGAUGAUCCCAAAGUAAUCGCGGAGGCCCGAGAGGCUCGCCAGUACGGUCCUUACCAGGGACAAGCCGACAACGAAGUCGUCGUAGACAUCGAAGACGCCGAGAAGAAACAGUACUACGAAACCAACUAUGACACAAGUGCAUACGGCUUCGGUUAUGACGUUGGUCCGAACGGGCAGUUCCACCAUGAGAACCGUGGUCCGGACGGCGUCACCUACGGUUGCUAUGGUUACGUAGACCCUGACGGCUUCCUCCGAGCUACUCACUACGUCGCUGACAGCCACGGGUACAGAGUAGUGGAACCAGAGAAACCUGUCGAGGUGUUCCCUGAUGAGAAAUACGAAUACGAUGAAGCGACUGGACAAGCGGCUAACACUCAGCCAGGCCAACUCAUCCCGUGGAACAAACUGUACUUCCCCAAGGGAUGUGGUCGCACUCCCGGCGGAGUUCCCGCUAAACCUCUGCCGAAACCAAAACCGAAACCGAAACCGCCGCGUCCUGUAGACAGCAGCAGCGAGAACUCCAACGUUACACCCGUACAGAGUGGACAAGGACCUAAUGGACCUUACGGCCCAGGAUCAUGGCAAGGCACUCCAGGUACCCCGGGUACUCCAGGUACCGCCGGCACCCCCGGAUCUCCGGGCACUCCCGGCUCGCCAGGUGGACCAGGUGGACCAGGCGGCCCCGGCGGACCGAGUGGUGGUUACUACCCAGGCACAGGAGGAUCUCCAGGUAGCCCAGGUACGCCAGGUAGCCCAGGUACCCCGGGCACUCCCGGAACACCAGGAUUCCCAGGCACAGAGGGCACUCCCGGAACACCAGGAUUCCCAGGCACGGCGGGCACUCCCGGAACACCAGGAUUCCCAGGCACGGCGGGCACUCCCGGAACACCAGGAUUCCCAGGCACGGCAGGCACUCCCGGAACCCCAGGAUUCCCAGGCACGGCUGGCACACCAGGCUACUACCCCGGCUCUGGUGAAUACUAUCCUGGACAAGGUACAGACUUAGGCAGCGGAGGAUAUUACCCAGGACAGCCCAUUGGACCAGGAGGAUCUAAUGGUCCUGAUGGUUUCUACGGACCUGACGGCGUCUACUACCCUGGAACUCCAGGAACCCCAGGUACCCCAGGCUCUCCAGGGUCACCAGGGUCACCAGGCGGCCCCGGCGGACCAGGAGGUCCAGGUGGCCCAGGAGGACCAGGAGGCCCGGGAGGCCCGAAUGGUCCCGACGGUCCCUCUGGUGGAUACUACCCAGGACCACCCGGCACACCAGGCAGCCCAGGAUCACCCGGCACACCAGGAGGACCUGGGGGACCAGGUGGUCCAGGAGGUCCAGGAGGUCCCGGUGGUCCUAAUGGCCCCGAUGGCCCCUCUGGUGGUUACUACCCAGGACCACCCGGCGCACCAGGCAGCCCAGGAUCACCCGGCUCACCAGGAGGACCAGGAGGCCCAGGAGGCCCCGGUGGUCCAGGAGGUCCCGGAGGUCCUAACGGCCCCGGUGGUCCCUCUACCGGCGGUUACUUCCCAGGACAACCCGGCAGCCCAGGCAGCCCAGGAUCACCCGGCACACCAGGAGGACCAGGUGGCCCAGGAGGCCCCGGCGGUCCAGGAGGACCUAGUGGCCCCAACGGCCCCGGUGGUCCCUCUACCGGCGGUUACUACCCAGGACAACCCGGCAGCCCAGGAAGCCCAGGAUCACCCGGCACACCAGGAGGCCCAGGUGGUCCAGGUGGUCCAGGAGGUCCAGGAGGGCCCGGUGGUCCUAAUGGCCCCGGUGGUCCCUCCACCGGAGGCUACUACCCAGGACAACCCGGCGCCCCAGGCAGCCCCGGAUCACCCGGUACACCAGGAGGACCAGGUGGACCAGGAGGCCCGGGAGGCCCAGGAGGACCAGGUGCCCAACCAGGAUACCCAGUAAAACCAGGACAGCCAGGACAACCUGGCCAACCGGGAUACCCAGGCCAGCCCGGUCAACCCGGAACACCAGGACAACCAGGAUUCCCAGGACAGCCAGGACAACCAGGCCAACAAGGAGGACCAGGACAGCCUGGAUAUCCAGGACAACCCGGACAACCCGGCAAACCUGGACAGCCCGGUCAACCAGGAUACCCAGGACAACCUGGUCAACCAGGACAGCAAGGAGGACCAGGACAGCCAGGAUACCCAGGACAGCCCGGACAACCUGGAGAGCCGGGUAAGCCAGGACAACCAGGCUACCCAGGCCAGCCCGGUCAACCAGGAUACCCAGGACAACCUGGUCAACCAGGACAACAAGGCGGACCAGGACAGCCCGGACAACCCGGCAAACCUGGACAGCCCGGUCAACCAGGAUACCCAGGACAGCCAGGUGAACCAGGACAGCCCGGUCAACCUGGAUACCCAGGACAACCUGGUCAGCCAGGACAACAAGGAGGACCAGGACAGCCAGGACAGCCAGGAUACCCAGGACAACCCGGGAAACCUGGACAGCCCGGUCAACCAGGAUACCCUGGUCAGCCAGGACAGCCCGGUCAACCAGGAUACCCAGGACAACCCGGACAACCCGGGAAACCAGGACAGCCUGGUCAACCAGGAUACCCAGGACAACCUGGUCAACCAGGCCAGCAAGGAGGACCAGGACAGCCCGGACAGCCCGGCACACCAGGAUACCCAGGACAGCCUGGUCAGCCAGGACAACCCGGACAACCCGGCAAACCUGGGCAGCCCGGUCAACCAGGUUACCCAGGACAACCUGGUCAACCAGGAUACCCAGGACAACCAGGGGAACCAGGACAGCCCGGACAGCCUGGCUACCCAGGCCAGCCCGGACAACCUGGAGAACCGGGUAAGCCUGGACAACCAGGUUACCCAGGCCAGCCCGGACAACCAGGAUACCCAGGACAACCUGGUCAGCCAGGAUACCCAGGACAACCGGGCCAACAAGGAGGACCAGGACAGCCCGGACAACCCGGCAAACCUGGACAGCCCGGUCAACCAGGAUACCCAGGACAACCGGGACAACCUGGUCAGCCAGGACAACCAGGCCAACAAGGAGGACCAGGACAGCCAGGAUAUCCAGGGCAGCCCGGCCAACCCGGCAAACCAGGACAGCCCGGUCAACCAGGUUACCCAGGCCAGCCCGGAGAACCCGGCAAACCAGGGCAGCCCGGCCAACCAGGAUCCCCAGGACAACCCGGACAACCUGGAGAGCCGGGUAAGCCAGGACAACCAGGCUACCCAGGCCAGCCCGGUCAACCAGGAUACCCAGGACAACCUGGUCAACCAGGACAACAAGGCGGACCAGGACAGCCAGGAUACCCAGGACAGCCCGGACAACCCGGCAAACCUGGACAGCCCGGACAACCAGGAUACCCAGGACAACCUGGUCAGCCAGGACAACCAGGCCAACAAGGAGGACCAGGACAGCCAGGAUACCCAGGGCAGCCCGGCCAACCCGGCAAACCAGGACAGCCCGGUCAACCAGGAUACCCAGGACAACCUGGUCAACCAGGACAACAAGGCGGACCAGGACAGCCCGGACAACCCGGCAAACCUGGACAGCCCGGUCAACCAGGAUACCCAGGACAGCCAGGUGAACCAGGACAGCCCGGUCAACCUGGUUACCCAGGCCAGCCCGGACAACCCGGCAAACCAGGACAACCCGGUACACCUGGACAACCAGGAUACCCAGGACAACCUGGUCAGCCAGGACAACCAGGCCAACAAGGAGGACCAGGACAGCCAGGAUACCCAGGACAGCCCGGACAACCCGGAAAACCAGGACAGCCCGGUCAACCAGGUUACCCAGGACAACCUGGUCAGCCAGGACAGCAAGGAGGACCAGGACAGCCAGGAUACCCAGGACAGCCAGGACAACCGGGCACACCAGGUCAACCGGGAUUCCCAGGCCAACCAGGUAAACCAGGACAGCCUGAACAACCUGGUAAACCAGGACAGCCCGGUCAACCAGGAUACCCCGGACAACCUGGUCAGCCAGGACAACCAGGCCAACAAGGAGGCCCAGGACAACCCGGACAACCCGGAAAACCUGGACAGCCGGGUCAACCAGGGUACCCAGGACAACCUGGUCAGCCCGGACAACCCGGAACACCAGGACAGCCCGGACAACCAGGAUACCCCGGACAACCAGGUCAGCCAGGACAACCCGGACAGCCCGGUAAACCAGGACAACCCGGUCAACCAGGAUACCCCGGACAACCAGGCCAACAAGGAGGACCAGGACAGCCUGGAUACCCAGGACAGCCUGGUCAGCCCGGACAACCCGGAACACCAGGACAGCCCGGUCAACCAGGAUACCCCGGACAACCAGGCCAACAAGGAGGACCAGGACAGCCUGGAUACCCAGGACAGCCUGGUCAGCCCGGACAACCCGGAACACCAGGACAGCCCGGUCAACCAGGAUACCCCGGACAACCAGGCCAACAAGGAGGACCAGGACAGCCUGGAUACCCAGGACAGCCUGGUCAGCCCGGACAACCCGGAACACCAGGACAGCCCGGUCAACCAGGAUACCCCGGACAACCAGGUCAGCCAGGAACACCAGGCCAACCAGGUGGACCUGGACAACCUGGACUACCCGGAAAGCCAGGACAGCCCGGUCAACCAGGAUACCCUGGACAACCUGGUCAGCCAGGACAACAAGGAGGACCAGGUCAGCCAGGACAACCAGGAUACCCAGGACAACCUGGUCAGCCAGGACAACCUGGCCAACAAGGUGGACCUGGACAGCCAGGACAACCCGGCAAACCUGGACAACCCGGACAACCAGGAUACCCGGGACAACCCGGUCAGCCAGGACAACAAGGUGGACCAGGACAGCCAGGAUAUCCAGGGCAACCCGGACAACCUGGUAAACCUGGACAGCCUGGUCAACCAGGAUACCCAGGACAACCUGGUCAGCCAGGAUACCCAGGUCAGCCCGGCCAGCCAGGAGAACCUGGACAACCAGGAUAUCCAGGACAGCCCGGACAACCCGGACAACCAGGAGGGCCAGGACAACCGGGCUACCCGGGACAACCCGGCAAACCAGAGCAACCUGGACAACCAGGAUACCCAGGACAGCCCGGUCAGCCAGGACAACCCGGCAAACCAGGGCAACCUGGACAACCAGGAUACCCAGGACAGCCCGGUCAGCCAGGCCAACCAGGUCAACAAGGAGGCCCAGGACAACCCGGACAACCAGGAUACCCAGGACAGCCUGGUCAGCCAGGACAACCCGGCAAACCAGGGCAACCUGGACAACCAGGAUACCCAGGACAGCCCGGUCAGCCAGGACAACCCGGCAAACCAGGGCAACCUGGACAACCAGGAUACCCAGGACAGCCCGGUCAGCCAGGCCAACCAGGUCAACAAGGAGGCCCAGGACAACCCGGACAACCAGGAUACCCAGGACAGCCUGGUCAGCCAGGACAACCCGGCAAACCAGGGCAACCUGGACAACCAGGAUACCCAGGACAGCCCGGUCAGCCAGGCCAGCCAGGACAACCAGGGCAACCUGGACAACCAGGAUACCCAGGACAGCCCGGUCAGCCAGGCCAACCAGGUCAACAAGGAGGCCCAGGACAGCCCGGACAACCAGGAUACCCAGGACAGCCUGGUCAGCCAGGACAACCCGGCAAACCAGGGCAACCUGGACAACCAGGAUACCCAGGACAGCCCGGUCAACCAGGACAACCCUGCAAACCAGGGCAACCUGGACAACCAGGAUACCCAGGACAGCCCGGUCAGCCAGGCCAACCAGGUCAACAAGGAGGCCCAGGACAGCCCGGACAACCAGGAUACCCAGGACAGCCUGGUCAGCCAGGACAACCCGGUACACCUGGACAGCCAGGAUACCCAGGACAGCCUGGUCAGCCAGGACAACCCGGCAAACCAGGCCAACCUGGACAACCAGGAUACCCAGGACAGCCUGGUCAGCCAGGACAACCCGGUACACCUGGACAGCCAGGAUACCCAGGACAGCCUGGUCAGCCAGGACAACCCGGCAAACCAGGGCAACCCGGACAACCAGGAUACCCAGGACAGCCCGGUCAGCCAGGACAACCAGGUCAACAAGGAGGCCCAGGACAACCCGGACAACCAGGAUACCCAGGACAGCCUGGUCAGCCAGGACAACCCGGCAAACCAGGGCAACCCGGACAACCAGGAUACCCAGGACAGCCCGGUCAGCCAGGACAACCAGGUCAACAAGGAGGCCCAGGACAACCCGGACAACCAGGAUACCCAGGACAGCCUGGUCAGCCAGGACAACCCGGCAAACCAGGGCAACCUGGACAACCAGGAUACCCAGGACAGCCCGGACAACCUGGACAACCAGGUCAACAAGGAGGCCCAGGACAGCCAGGAUACCCAGGCCAGCCCGGACAACCAGGCGGACCAGCGCAACCCGGUCAACCGGGUAAACCAGGACAACCCGGCCAACCUGGUCAGCCAGGAUACCCAGGACAGCCUGGAGAACCUGGUCAGCCAGGAUAUCCAGGACAACCGGGUCAACCAGGGCAGCCCGGAUACCCAGGCCAGCCUGGUCAGCCAGGAUACCCAGGACAACCAGGACAGCCCGGACAACCAGGACAACCUGGACAACCAGGAUAUCCUGGACAACCAGGUCAACCUGGAUACCCAGGACAGUACCCAGAUUCUGAAGUAUCACCAUCAGGCACUGGGGUUCAACCACCUGCAACCGUCCCAUCUGGUCAAAUGCCACCAUUCCCUAUUUACGUCAUCCCGUAUCCACUGCCUAUCGUUCCCAGUCCGUCGUCAUGCCCGUGCUAUUUACUGAAGCCAGGACAGAACGGUACGACUCAAGCUCAAGCACCACCACAGGCAACGUCUCCACCACAGCAUCAACACCAAAACCAGCCACAAUAUGCACCCUACGGCAUUAUUGGAUUUAUCCCCGUAGUGUUUGUACCCUACUGCCCAGGAAACGGCACAAACAUGAACAGCGCUCAGGAGAACUUCCCUAACGCGGUUCCUGUGCAAUACAAUUGUGCACAAUGCCAAGCCAACCAAGACAUAUACCGAUACCUCGGCAGACUCAAUGGGGGCCGAAGCGCUGAUUUCAACGAUCUCAAAGAAAUCAAAUCUCUGUCUGAAUUAGACGACCUUCUCAGAAAUCAAAUUAAGCCUUUAAGAAAGGGUAUGCGCACUAUCGCUGCUCAUCCGCGUAUACUUGCAACGAACGAAAAGAAUAACAAAAAAAAGGAGAAGAAUGAAACUAAGAAUGAGAAUAAAACUAGGUCUAAGGUCGAGAAAAACUAAGUAGCCAUAUUAUUUUUAUUCAGUUGUAUGCCAAAAUUCUUUCAGGUGAUUUGGGCUACAACUUGUCUAAUUUUGAGACUGUCCGAUGGUAAAUAUUCUUGGACGAUCUCAAAAUUUUAAAGAUGACGUAAACACAAUAUUUAUUGCCCACAAAUAUAGGUACAUGUACGUCAUGAAAAUAUAGGUUUUAGAAAAUUGUAUAAUAUUUGCAUAAGUAUAUAAGUAUUUUUAUUAUUUCAUGAUACGCUUCUGUAUGUAAUAUUUACAAUUUAAAGUAAUGAUGUCAUUUAUUAUUUUUGUUUUAAACAUUUUGAAAAAACCAUUAAUGUUGAGACGUAUUGAAUGGAAACUGUAAAGAAAUAAUAAAUAUAUUUUAAUAUAA